AGCUGCAAUGCACAUGAGGGUGCCACGCUAUUCACAUGAUGCACUCCUUGUAUGUUCUUUAUUAUUGCAGCCACUUUUUAUAAUAUACAUUUGCAAUUCUUUUCUAUGCGAUUACAAGCUACAUACUGUAUUGCUUUUCCUGGUGCCUUAGUAAAUCCCUGUUACUCAUCUUCCAUCACAAACCACAAACCCAUUAUCCAACCACAGAUCCAAAAUCUACACGCUCCUCCAUGCUGUAAUGGAAGAGAGUAUAGUUUCCUUUGCUUUAGAUCACUUAGCCCAGCUUGUGGCAGACGAAGUUAACUUGCUGUAUGGCGUGAAGGAUAGAGUCCAGUCCCUCCAGAGAGAACUUGAAAUGAUCAAAGAGCUCCUCAAUAACACAAGGAGAGAGGAGGGAAUGGAACAUAUAGUACUGAACCAAAUCAGAGAUAUGGCCUACUUAGCUGAGGAUGUCAUCGACACAUUCGUAGUCGAAGUUGACAUUUACAAGAGGAAAACCAUUUUGCAGAAGAUGCUCUGUUGCUUUGGCCAAGUAAGGUUGCUCCACCGCUUAUCCGCCAAAAUUGACUAUAUCAAAACCACUCUCAAGGAGAUACGCGACAACAAGGACAUAUAUGAUGCUUUCAGAGAAACCACUAAUGAAUCCGCAGCAGAAGAGAAGAGGGAAAGGCUGGAAUGGCUGCAGAGGCUAAGAAGAGACGUGGAGGUAAAAGAUGUGGUUGGCUUUGUCCGUGACUCCGAGGUUGUCGUCAACCAACUCUUGGGAGAUAGUUCAAAUCGUAAAGUCGUCUCUAUCGUUGGCAUGGGGGGAUUGGGAAAGACCACCCUUGCCCGAAAGGUCUUUAAUAAAAGCCAGGUGAAGAACCACUUCCAUUGUCUUACGUGGGUUAAUGUCUCGAACGACUGCAGAGUAAAGGAGCUUUUGCUUGGCCUUCUUAAACAGUUGAUGCCAAAUUUUGAACAACAAUGCGGAGGCAUUAACAACUGGAAUGAGGAUGAGCUAAAAAAUAAGGUGGAGAACUGCUUGGAGGGGAAAAGGUAUCUUGUGGUGCUAGAUGACUUGUGGAAUAUAAGGGAUUGGGACAAGGUGAAAAGUGCUUUUCCAGACAACAACAGAGGGAGCAGAAUAUUGAUUACUAGCCGUUCGAAAGAGGUUGCCAUGCAUGCUGGUCUUGAUGUUCCUCACUAUCUUCCAUUUCUCAAAGAAGAAGAAAGUUGGGAGUUGUUUCGCAAGAAAGUGUUUAUCGAUGGAGACUGCCCUUCUGAUUUGGAGCCUCUGGGAAAGCUGAUGGUUCAAAGAUGUUGUGGUUUGCCGCUCUCCAUCAUUGUUUUGGCUGGGCUGUUGGCCAACAAGGAAAAGUCACAUAUACUAUGGUCUGAAGUGGUCGAUCAUGUUAAUUCAUAUAUCAAUCGAGAUAAGACCCAAGUGAAUGAUAUAGUUCUCAAGCUCAGCUAUGACAAUUUGCCAAGGAGACUAAAACCAUGUUUUCUCUAUCUUGGAUUAUUUCCUGAGGACUUUGAAAUUCCUGUUGCGCCAUUAUUGCAAAAAUGGGUUGCAGAGGGUUUUAUACAAGAUACAGGAGAUAGAGACCCAGAUAAUGUUGCGGAAGACUACUUAUACGAGCUCAUCGAUCGCAGUUUGGUCCAAGUAACAAGAGUGAAGUCAAAUGGAAGUUUGGAGAAGUGUGAAGUUCAUGAUCUUCUUCGAGAUCUGUGCAUAUCACAAAGCAAAAAGGAAAAAGUGUUUGAAGUUUGCACAAACAAUAACAUUGUAGGCAUUGCCAAACCUCCCACACCUGACAAACCUCGCAGACUGUCCAUUCACAGUGCCAUGCAUGACUACAUUUCUGCAAGCAAAAGAGACCAUUCAUGUGUUCGUUCCCUAUUUUUCUUUGGGACACAUUAUGAUCAGUGGAAAUGGCUUGUUGACGACUUCAAAUUGGUUCGAGUGUUAGAGUUUGGACCUAUCAGUCGUCAAGAGAACCUUUCCAAUCUAGGGAACUUCAUCCACUUAAGGUACUUAAGAAUAAAAGAUGUUUAUGUUUACUUUGUUCCAGAUUCAAUACUUAAUCUUUUGAAUCUACAAACCAUAGACCUGGGUAUUUCCAGGGGCGGGGGUCGAGUUUCUUUUCCUAUUCAAAUAUGGAAACUCAAAUAUUUAAGACAUUGGAAUUCAUCUGGACCUAUCGAGUUGCGAGGAAAUUGUUCGCAAUCAGUUAAGAAAAUGUGGAAUCUUCAAACCAUGUCUCCCCUUGUAUGCAAUAAGCAAGCAAUAUCUCUAAUAAAGAAUAGAACAUUCCCCAAUAUUAAGAGGAUGGGAUUGGACGGGAGUCGUGAAUGUGGAGAUGAAUUACACAAUUUAUUGCAUAACCUACAACAAUUAGAGCAUUUGAAUUCAUUAGUGAUUAUUCCCCAAGGUUUUCUUGAUUUCAAGCCUCAAGAACUGGUUCAAGGGCUAGGAGAAUUCAGUCAUCUAACUAUUUUAGAGAUUCAUUGUGUAAAGGAUCUUCUAACCUCUGAGCACAUAUUUCCACCAAAUGUUACAGAGUUAACUUUGUCAGGAAUUCACUGCAUUAGUGAUGAGGGGAUGAAUGGUUUGGGAAAUCACUCUAAACUCAAGAUUUUAAGACUUUUGGGAAAUUUACUCAUGUUUAAGAACCCCACUGACCUAAAUUGUGUUGGCUUCCCACAGCUGGAAGUGUUGAAAAUGAAAUUUUUGCGGCUUCAAAAGUGGGAAUUAGACAAUGGUGCAAUGCGGAGGCUUCAACAUGUGAUUAUCGACCGUUGUGGACCAUUAGGUAAUCUCCCAACUGAGCUUUGUUAUUUGAAUGGGUUGAAAAAAGUACAUAUAAAUAGCUUUCCCUCAAAAGAAGUGAUUGGACAAAUGGCUGACAUCUUACGAACGUUGGAAACAAAUAAUGGAGUUCAAGUCUUGGCCGGACAUAUAUAUAUUCCACCUUGGGAUGAAGAGAAUGAUUGGGUACAUGAUUACUAGCUCAUUUGCCUUCCAUAUUUCAUUUGUCAUUUGUCUUCAGAUCAUGUCUUUUAUUCUUCCUUUCUUUUUACAAUUUAAGUUUGCACUCA